UGCACGAGCUGUCGUUCAGUUGUCAGACACUUCUCAGUCUAUUUUCGAAUAGUUUGAACAUCUAUUGAAGUUUAACACAUAGUUAGCCAAUAUGAAGAUUUAUUUUAUUGUCGCCCUUUUCUUCGUGGCUAUAGCUGCCAUCAUGGCUGCACCUGUUGAGGAUGAAUUCGAGCCACUUGAGCAUUUUGAGACCGAAGAACGUACCGACAGACAUAGAAGAGUAACUUGUGACCUUCUUUCGUUCAAAGGACAAAUUAAUGACAGUGCUUGCGCUGCUAACUGUCUCAGUUUGGGUAAAGCUGGAGGCCAUUGCAAGAACGGAGUUUGUAUUUGUCGAAAAACCAGUUUUAAGGAACUCUGGGACAAACGUUUCGGUUGAGUCAAUUAUGAAGAUUCAACGAUGAAAUUUUUUAA